GGCGACUCCUCACUUCCCUCCACCUCGAGCCAUCUCCCCGCGCUCCUUCAAUCAUAACAAGUCAUCAAAUGCUUCAACAUUUGCGCACUUUCCAUCCAAACCGUUGCGCUUAGCCUUCUAUUUAAAUAAACUAGACCCGCUACCAUGGGUGGAGACGUUCCCCGGCAAGCUCCCAGCGCCCUUCCCCAGACUCCCGCGGGCCCCGUCGGUCAACGCAUCAAGAACAUCUACACCGACCGGCUCAAGCAAUUCACCGCUACCGGUCAGUAUGAAGGCCAAAACCUCAUCUCCAAGCUGGCCGAGGCCGUCAACUCCGACGAACACCAUGUCAAAAUUUCAGUAUAUUCGGUUCCCGACCUCAAGCGUCCGACCUUCAAAGAGGCUACCGCCAAUGAGUUUACGCCUACCCAUAUCGGAGCCUCGUUUGGCCCCAGCUGGUCUACCCAUUGGUUCCGUAUCCGCCUGACGGUCCCCGAGGAUUUGCGUCAGAAAGAGCGCCUGGAGUUCCACUGGGAUGCAAACAAUGAAGGCUUGGUCUGGACGGAAGAUGGCCACCCCCUUCAAGGUCUCACUGGCGGCAACGAGCGCAUCGAAUGGAUCAUUCCCGAUGCCUGGCGGGAUGGAAAAGAGCAUACCUUCUACAUUGAGAUGGCCUGCAAUGGCAUGUUUGGAAAUGCCCCGGGCGGAGAUUCCAUCCAGCCACCUAACCCUAAUAAGUAUUACACAUUGAGCAAAGCGCAGAUCACUGCCGUCAAUCUGGAGGCACGGGCGUUGUUCUACGAUUUCUGGAUCAUUGGAGAUGCGGCCAGAGAGUUCCCUGGUGAUUCUUGGGAGUCUCAUGAAGCCAAUAUGGUAGGUAAUGCUAUCAUGGAUGCGUUCAUUGCCGGCAAUGGAAGCAACGAAUCCAUCAAGGAGGCACGCAAGAUCGCCAGGAAAUACCUAGGGGACAAGGUCGAUUCUUCUGAAGUGUACGAGACCGACACACAGCCCAUCGUCUACGCCGUCGGACAUUGCCAUAUCGACACUUGCUGGCUGUGGCCCUGGGCGGAAACCAAACGCAAGGUUGCCCGAUCAUGGUCGAACCAAUGUGAUCUGAUGGAGCGAUACCCGGAGCACCGUUUUGCUUGUUCCCAGGCGCAACAGUUCAAGUGGCUAAAACAAUACUAUCCCUCGGUUUUCGAUCGCGUGAAACAAUGGGUCAAGAAAGGUCACUUCCAACCGAUUGGUGGUAGCUGGGUCGAGCAUGACACAAAUAUGCCUAGUGGAGAGUCCCUCGUGAGACAGUUUCUCUACGGGCAACGCUUCUUCGAGAGCAAUUUUGGAGAACGCUGCACAACCUUUUGGCUUCCGGAUACCUUCGGCUAUUCCACGCAGAUACCCCAGAUAUGCCGCCUGGCGGGGAUGAGUCGCUUCUUUACCCAGAAGCUCAGUUGGAACAACAUCAACAACUUCCCCCACACUACCUUCCAGUGGGUUGCGCUCGAUGGAAGUCAAGUUAUCUGCCACAUGACACCGGCGGAAACCUAUACUGCCAGUGCCCACUUUGGUGACGUGAAGCGCAGCGUGACUCAACACAAGUCGAUGGACAAUGAUAACACAUCGCUUCUGGUCUUUGGCAAGGGAGAUGGCGGUGGUGGGCCGACCUUCGAGCAUCUGGAGAAGUUACGUCGCUGCCGUGGUCUCAGUGACAAGGUCGGCUUGCUUCCCCGGGUGAAGAUGGGGGAGUCGGUCGACGACUUCUUUGAGAAACUCGAGAAGAAGGUGGAACAAGGCACCCGCUUCGCUACGUGGUACGGUGAGUUAUAUUUCGAGCUGCAUCGGGGCACGUACACUACGCAGGCCAACAACAAGCGCAACAACCGCAAGUCGGAGUUCUUACUGAGGGAAAUUGAAUACCUUGCUACUCUGGCUACCAUCACGCAGACUAGUGGUGAGUAUAAGUACCCUAAGAAGGAAAUCGACGACAUGUGGGAGGAUGUCCUCUUGUGUCAGUUCCAUGACUGCCUCCCUGGUAGCUGCAUUGAAAUGUGCUAUGAUGAUUCCGAUGAGCUCUACAAAAAGGUAUUCGAAACCGGCCAGAAGGCACGGGAGGAUGCUCUUAAGGCUCUAGGAUUCGGAGGCAAGAGUGCCAGAGGUCUCGUUGCGAUCAACACAUUGCCAUGGCAUCGCUCAGAAGUUGUCAAGGUUCCUGCUGAGCUUGCCACUGCGGGUGUCCCCAGGUACGCGAUUGUCAGUGGUGAGACUGGUCCCAUCCAGUAUCAGCCUCCUGCAGCUUCUCAGACGGCACCUGCUGUGACUGUCUCUGAGAUUGAGCCCGGUGUAUUCCGUCUGCAGAAUGAGAAACUGAGGGUAGAUGUUCACGAUGGCAUCAUAACUUCCCUGUAUGACCUCGAAGCAAAGCGUGAGAUUAUUGCCAAGGGUGGAAAGGCUGGUCAGCUUGUGAUAUUUGAUGAUAAGCCACUUUACUGGCAAGCCUGGGAUGUUGAGGUCUUCCACCUUGACUCAAGAAAAGAGUUGCAAUCCGGAAAGACUACUAUUUCCGAGAAGGAUCCGUAUCGGGUCAGCGUUGUCACUGAAACCCGGAUCAGCGAGAACAGCUGGGUCAAGACGACCCUGAGCUUGGCUGCUGCGGUGGGAGACCAGCCAUCCUACGUGGAAAUGGAGAGCGAAGUCGAAUGGCGGGAGACCAUGAGGUUCCUCAAGGUCGAGUUUCCGGUGGACAUCACGAAUACUGAGGCAUCGUACGAGACACAGUACGGGAUUAUUAGGCGUCCGACGCAUUACAAUACUAGCUGGGAUAUGGCCAAAUUCGAAGUCUGCUGCCACAAAUGGGCAGAUCUGUCGGAGAACGGCUACGGGGUUUCGGUCCUCAACGACUCCAAGUACGGGUUUGCAACCUGCGGUAACCUGAUGCGCCUUUCUCUAUUGCGCGCACCCAAGGCACCGGAUGCUCAUGCAGAUAUGGGUCGUCAUCGCAUCCGCUACGCAAUUCUCCCGCACGCAGGACCCUUGGGUCACCGUACGAUCCGGGCAGGAUACAGCUUUAACCAUCCCCUUGUCCUCGAGACGGCAUCUUCCCAGGAAGCCACAGACGUAUUCAAGUCCAUCUCACUUGAGGGAUCUCCAUCACUCGUAUUGGACACGGUGAAGCGCGGUGAAGACGACGAAGACGUGUCUCGUGACAACCUGCCACGGCGCGCAGGCCGGAGCGUCAUCCUCCGGGUUUUCGAGUCAUUGGGUGGCAAGAGCCGUGGAACCAUCAACACCAAACUCCCCAUCAAAAAGGCGUGGAAGUGUAACGUGCUCGAGGAUGAUGAAACGAGUCUGACGCUGUCUAAGGGUGAUAGCGAUACUACGAGCAUUGAUAUCGAGUUGAGGGCUUUCGAGGUUGCGACGUACAGACUGCAGCUGUAAUCGGCUUCUAUCCACUAUCGCGUGACAGCCGAAGGGAAAUCGUCUUGCGUAUCUGAUUCCAAAAUGAAAACAUCCUUUUGAGGUGUAUAAUCUAGCAUGUCAGUGCCAAUGCAAUCUAGUAGUAC